UUUAAAGCAACUUUAUUACUAAACUUCCUGCUUCGUGUUCGACACACAGCCGGCUGAGCUCUGCGACUCCGGCGGAGCAGGACAAGUAGAAAGUGUCCUCCGCGUGGCUCAGACGCUCAGGGACACAUCCGGGACUCGAUGAUUCGAUCGACACUCUCGAUAUCUGGGAUCGAUCCGCCGUUUAGAAGCUGUGAAACAUGGAGGAUCCGGACCGGCCGCAGAGGAAAAUGUCAACGGCCGGAGACAGUUUGUACAAAGUGCUGGGUCUGGAGAAAGGAGCCUCCCAGGAGGACAUAAAGAAGGCGUACAGGAAACUGGCACUAAGGCAUCACCCUGACAAGAACCCCGACAACCCGGAGGCCGCGGAGAAAUUCAAGGAGAUCAACAACGCCAACUCCAUCCUCAGCGACGAGAACAAGCGGAGGAUCUACGACGAGUACGGAUCCAUGGGCCUCUACGUGGCGGAGCAGUUUGGCGACGAGAGCGUCAAGUACCACUUCCUCAUGAGCAAGUGCUGGUUCAAGGCCCUUUUGGUGUGCGGCUGCCUCUUCACCUGCUGCUGCUGCUGCUGCUGCUGCUGCUUCUGCUGCGGGAGGUGGAGGUCGUCCGGAGACGAGGACGCCGCCUACUACGUGGACCCGGACGACCUGGAUGGCGAGAUCAGAGAACACAGCGCAGCAGGAGAUCACGUCAUUAUCACCCAGCCGAGCUCUGCUGCUGCCGCCGGCGAUGCCGAUGACGUUACAGCAGGAAAUCGUGUGAUAGUCAUUCAGCCGAGUUCUGCUGCGGCCGACGACUACAAUCCAGGUGAAAACGCACCGAUUGUGAUUCAGCCUCCAGCGGCUAACGGCACCUCGGGGCCCGGGGCCUCCCAGCCGGGACAAUGAAGAAAUGAACGAACGAACGAACGAACGAACGAACGAACGAACGAGCGAGUGAGUGGAAUCAUGGCAGAGUCUCGUCUGUCUUCGAACCAGCUCGUGGCUGUUGACGAGUAUUCAUCCAGUGUCUUGAGAAAAACGUGCGGCGAUUCCAUUGUGCCAUCGUUUUUCUUGUCUUUUAUUAAUGCCAACGGGUUUGUCUUUGAUCCUGUCUCAUAUUUAUUUCUUCAACACUUAUAUUUUUGAACAUAGAGGCGAUUUCUGUGCUGCAGUGACAAAUGACAAUGCACUUUAAAAAUCCUAAGCGCAUAUUUAAAAGCCCCCAAACGCGCCACGAUGCUGUGGGAACACGUCGGCUCAACAUGGACCGAAUCACAAUGAGUUUAAUCGGCGUCAGUCGGCCAAGUGGUGGUUUUUGUGAUUGUUGAAAGUUAAACCUCAGGGAUUAAAGCAAAAAUAAAGUUUUCUGACAGGCGGGGUCGAGGGGGAGGUUGAUAACUUUUCCUCACCGUUGCGUGUUACUUAUAAUAACUCUAACUUUAAUGCGCCACACAUUGUAAGCGUGACUGUCUAGUGUCACAAAAAGAAUGGAGGCAGGGAUGAAACAGCUGGUCUGACUCUGUUGUUGUUUCCCCUUGUUUCCAUUCUUUAUGCUACGCUAGGCAGAUCACCUCCAUAUGAGAAUAUCAAUAUUCUCAUCAAACUAUGGUCUCUUCCACCACGUUGAGUCGAGCAGCACUGAGCAGUUGGUAGUUCACUGUUCCUACCGGCACAUUUCUGUGACCUCAAGGGAAAAAACCACAACGGGCGAAGACUUUUAUAGAUGCCGAUCAUAAUCGCACAACUUGCUGACACUUUUUCUACACUUGAAACACAAUGCCAACACCGUUAUGAUGGUAUUUGCCAAAUGUUUCUGGAUUCCUGGUAUUUCUCCAGAAGAGCUUCUGUUGAAGACGCUGUUUCCUCUGUGGUUUGUGACGGUGGUGUGGUAAAAUUGACUUUAUGUUAAAUACAGGAAUCGUGUUUCAUGUAAUUUCAGAGAUAUAUUUUAAAUUGUUUUAAUAUCAAAUUGAUGUUUAUAUAAAACUUAACCUUUCUUUCAUCAUAUUUAUAUUCUAUUUUAUAUUUCUAUAUAUUAAAUUUUGUUUUUAAAUUUGA